AUGACGGACAAGUGGCAGAGCGCCAUGGAUCACGCUGUCGCUGUGGCGCGAAAAGCCGGACAGAUGGUGCGUGAAGCGGUGGGCAGCGUGCAGUCGGAGGCGGUGAUGCUGAAAAGCUCGCCUAUCGACUUGGUGACGCAGACGGACCAGAAAGUGGAGAAACUCAUCAUUCACUCGCUUAAGGAGAAAUUCCCAACUCAUUGCUUCAUUGGGGAGGAGUCUGUGGCGGCAGGAGAAGGUUGCGUCCUGAGCGAUAAGCCCACCUGGAUCAUCGACCCUAUCGACGGCACCACCAAUUUUGUCCACAGCUUUCCUUUUGUUGCAGUUUCCAUCGGAUUCGCCGUCAACAAGCAGGUGGAGUUGGGCGUGGUGUACAGUUGCCUCCAGGAUGAGAUGUACACGGCGCGCCGUGGGAAGGGCGCCUUCUGCAAUGGGCGCCCGUUACGGGUUUCUCACCAGCAAGACAUCCAGCGAUCCAUCAUCGCCACAGAGUUCGGCUCCAACCGCGACCCGGCGGCGGUGGACAAGAUCUUUUCCAGCCUCAGGAACGUGGUCAGCAUUCCGGUCCACGGUGUGCGCGGCGCCGGAAGCGCCGCUGUCAACAUGUGCAUGGUAGCGUCGGGACGCGUGGAGGCUUACUACGAGAUGGGAAUCCACGUGUGGGACAUCGCUGCCGGAUCAUUGAUAGUCUCCGAAGCCGGCGGCGUCCUAAUGGAUGUGGAAGGAGGCCCGCUGGACUUGAUGUCUCGCCGCGUUCUGGCCGCCAAUAACCGCAGCGUCGGCGAUCGGCUGGUCGAUAAAAUCGACGCCUUCACAUUGCGGAGAGACGAUGACGCCUCGUGA